UUGAAGUUUUCAAGAUGCAGCUUUUUACACGAGUUAUUCUGUUGGCCGUGACCCUGUUCAGCGUCAGUGCCGUGCCACGAUUUGGAGAGGAAGUGGGUCUGGAGCAGGCUCUUUUCCGCAUGGUUUUGGGUGAGGCCGCGGGCCGUGCCCUGAAUCCGGCUGCCCAGAGUUGUGCCAACCUUUAUUUGAACACGACCCAGAAGUACGGCGACCAGUUGGCCAAUGCCACCAACGAAUGCGAGGAGGCUGCCAACCGCACCAAGGUGGCCUACAGCCAGAGCAGCAACUCGACUGUCAGCCAGAUUCGCCUCCAGCUGUGGAACCUGCAGCAGAACCUUGAGUCCUGCCGCAACGAGACGGACUCCGCCCUCUUCCUCAACUGCACCGUGUCCACUUUCGACAAGAACCUGCAGCUGCUGGACACCUCCAACUCGCAGGCCUACCAAGCCCAGACCCAGUUCACCUCCAACCAGACCCAAGUGAGUGCCCAGCGGACCAACUGCAUCAGCUCGGCGAUCAGCGAGGCCAAGGUGCAGUCCAUCCAGGCGGCCAACGACUACGACUCCUGUUUGGCCAAGAUCCCCGGCCAGCGGGUGACUCCCCAGGAGACUCCACGUGAGAUUCCCCACGACAAGGAGUACGAGCAGAUAAGGCCAGCUCACGUGGCCCAGGAGCAGAUCCCCGAGGAGCAGGACAUGCCCCAGCAGCAGUACAAGGAGCUGCCUUUGACCAACUAGGGUUCAAACUAGUAAUUCAGCAAUAAACUGUUUCAUUUCACAAAGAUCUAA